AUGGGCAACAAUACCUCGACCUCCCUCACCAGCGAGGAGGUAGAGGAGUACGCCGAGCUGACCUACCUCAAGAAACGAGAGAUCAUCAGUGCACAUAAAAUCGCACAAUGCAACCCGUUCGGCACCAGGAUGUUGAUGCUGUUUUCGUCUGAGCAUGACGAACGUCUGAGCUUCGAGGACUUCCUGGACAUGCUGUCUGUGUUCAGCAGGGCGGCUCCGAUCACACUGAAGACCAGCUACGCCUUCCGCUUGUACGAUUUUGACGGCGACUCGGAGCUUGGCAAGGAGGACCUGAAGCGCGUGCUCAACUAUCUGGCCGUCCAGGGGGACAGCGUUCUCUCCGAGGAGGAGAGGGAGACCAUCGUGGACAAGAUCCUGGAGGAGUCAGACAUCGCCAGGAGCGGUACCAUCAACUUCCAGGAGUUCCAGCACGUGGUGGCCCGCUGUCCUGAAUUCACCCAGUCCUUCUCAUUCGAGCUCGUCUGAAGUUGUCUGGUGCUCAGUGUUAGUCCCAAUGGUCCGGUCCCGCCGACAUUACUUAAAAACAUGACGGAGCCGCAGAGAGCCCAACUACCUGGACAAAUGAGAUUGCUGGAUGCGGGCAGUGAGCUUAUGAACGUUUGUACCUAAGUGACUCCGCAAUUUGUGCAAUGCCACGUGUGAGUGUUUGUAGGUGAGGGAUGUUAGGCGGUAUCAAUCUAUAAAUGGUGCAUUUUUUGUGAUAUGUUGAAGUGAACAUUCGCCGUAUUUUUCUGACUAUAUGUGUUUGUAGGAGGAUAUAAGUGAGCUUGAAUCAAUGUUGCAUAUUAUGUUCUGAUCUCGGCAAAGAUGUAUUAUGAUCGCCUGGGUCACCGCACAAUUGGCACGAUUCUUUACAUUUCCGACUGUUUACUUUGUAUCCAUACUCUGCCUGUAUUUCUUACUGAGACGAAAACCGUGAAGUAAGGUGCAAGUCAUUGGUAAGCGAUCAGGUAGAUGAGACGUAAGCCAACGGGUGACAAGAGCCGCAUUCUGCACGCCGGAUGCCGUCCAACAUUGCCGUAAAGCCACUUACGACAGAUGGCAGCACUGUUCGGCGAACAGACGGCGCUGCUAGCCACUUCGGCCUGGAGUAGGUACUCGACUGAUGGCUUUUAGUGCUCGAGACAGACCGGACCGGCUAUAUGGUGUUUUGUUUGAACACAAAUUUGACCCUAAAUGAACUUUUACCUGCA